UAUUGUCGUCACCGUCGCGUAGCUUAUAAGAGCUACUACUCACACCACGACCCCAAAAGAUCACCUUUUCUCUUAUAACACACACGAUUCCUGCCCCUACGGUCGAUUCCUACUCCUGGAGACGACUCCUACGCCUAAUUCUUUGCAACAUAUCCCCCCAACACAUACACACAAUGUCUCUCUCGAGAACCUCCAAUGUGCUGCGCACCUCCAUGCGCCCUCUCGCCGCACACCCCAUGCGCUCAGGCGCCACCAUGCUCCAGACCCGCACCAAGAUCCGCGGACCAGACGACCUAGGCGGUCCCGGCGGCCAGGAGCCCCCGCCCCAGAAGCCCGCCGGGCGCGACGAGACGGUGAAGCGCAACUGGCCCGCCAUGGCCGGCGUGGCCCUCGCCCUGCUGGGCCUCUACGCCUACACCACCUCCGGCUCGCCCAAGCAGGACCUCGAGCGGGCCGACCAGAACGCCAUCCGCCUCAAGGCGCAGGGCGAGCAGAACCUGAACGAGGCCCGCGCCAAGGGCGAGCAAAAGUGGGAGGAGAUGAAGCGUCAUGGCGAGAAGGGCUGGGAGGACGCCAAGGCGCGUGCUGACGAGCUGCGCCGACAGGGCGAGAGGAAUUGGCAGGACAUGAAGGCCCGCGGCGAGAAGGGCUGGGAGGAGGUCAAGGCGCGCGCGGAGAAUGACGCGUCGAAAGGCUUGGGUGAGUUCAGUGGUCGCAAGGGAGGCAUGGGUGGCUUCAGGAGCGACUAAGCUGGACAGCCGGUGGUGAAGUUGUGGUUGUAUUAUUACGUGUAGCAUGCUGGAUGGCGCCGUCUAUCUAUGAAAAUAAUGGGUGGUAUCAAGAACACAAAG